AUGGGUCUACUACCGGAGAAGUGGAAUCCACAGAUGGCAAAACCGGAAGACGAAGAGAACAGACGCAAGACAGAGAUAGAUGACGACAAUGAGGAGGAAAGCAAAGAGAACCAGGACGACCUAAGAGAUGAAAUGUCAGAUCAUGACAAUGAAGAACAGACAAGAGAGGACGGCUCAGAUGGCGGCAAUGAUGACAAUGAGAGGGAAGACAACAACCAGCAGAUAGCCAUGCAGAGACCCAACCGAAAGAAGAAACAAGAUGAAGGCCAAUGGGAGAUGUUCGAUCACAGACUAACAACGAAAGGAACAAUGGCCGAUGUAUUCAGAAUAUUCACAACAGGAGACACCUCCAACGAGACAUACAAACCUAUAAAUAUCAGACAAACAAACCAAACAGCAGAACUAACUGCGUCAACGGUGGCAGGAAAGAAAACCCCAUACAACAGGAAGCUGGACGUCGAGAGCGACUCCAACCAUGUAAUCACAGAAGCAACAAAGUACAGAGUAGAACACGAAGAUAACGGAUACAUUGGAAAGGCGAAUGCACCGUUGAUACGCGCAAUGAUCGCAGCGCUCCGCGCAAGACCACACCUAACACGACUAAAAUGGGUAAGAGGUCACAAUGGACACAGGAGGAAUGAAAGAGCAGACGCACUCGCAGGGAAGGGCGCCAAGAAGCGACAAGCAGACAAAAUAGACCUGAGCAUACCGUCUGAACUAUCGCUAACCAGAGCGAAACUCGCGACGCUAACACAGAAGGUAGCAUACAGAGGUAUAAGGGAACGCAAGAUGAACACAUACCAGCAGCGACGCAGAACGGAGACGAACAUGAUCAAGAUCACAGACUAUGUGCAAGUAUACUAUAAAAAACCGCUGUCAGAAGCGCAAGCGUGGAAGGGCAUGCGAAACAAGGACUUACAAAGAGAGAUAAGAUACUUUCUAUGGAUGUCCACGCAUGAUGUGUACAUGGUAGGGUCGAACUGGCUGCGACCAAGCUACUCGGACGAACUACAGGAGAGACAUGAGUGUAAGAUCUGUGGAGUAGAAGAGUCAAUCGAUCACAUACUCACCGACUGUGAAGCUCCCGGACAAGAGAUAAUAUGGGAACUUGCAGGGAAGCUAUGGAAGAUGAAGCAGAAGACAUGGAAUAAACCGCUACUAGGCGGAAUACUAGGAUGCGGAAGCACAGAGUUCAAGACAAAGAAGGGGAAGAUACUCAAGGGAGAAGCAAGAUUACACCGCACCGUAAUCUCAGAAUCAGUGUACCUAAUAUGGAAACUCCGGAACGAACAGGUCAUACAAGCAGAAGGAGACCGCCGACACUCAGAAGACGAGAUCACAAACAGAUGGCUACAAGCGAUAAACGACAGACUAGCUAUAGAUUGUAACAUGACGAACACAACGAAAUACGGAAAGAAGGCGAUAAGACCAGAGAUAGUCAAACAGACAUGGAGAGGGGUGCUACGAAAUGAAGCAUACCUACCAUAUGAUUGGGCGAAAGGUCAUGUUGAGGUUUUAGUGGGUAUAGAGCGUAAACGGUCAAGGGGGCUAUGGGGGCAUACCGGAGAUUAG